UUCCUCCCUUGUCAAGGGAAAUAGAGAUUCUUUAUUAUCUUCUCAGAUUAAUAUAUUCCCUACUUUAUUUUAUUUUGACUGUUGCUUUGGAUUCUCUCCUUAGUAAAUAUUUUCUUUACCAGUAUAUAUGGAGUAUUUUGUUCAUCAUCACACCAUUUUCCAAAGAUCAAGCAUUCUCUCUCUCUCUCUCUAGAUGGAUGCCUCUCAAGCUCAUGAGGAUGUUUCUAUUGAGCCAAAAUAUGGUGGCCUUGCGCCCAAAAAGAAACCUCUGAUCUCAAAGGACCAUGGUAGAUCCUUUUUUGAUUCUGCAGAUUGGGCCCUGUCCAAGCAGCAAGGUUUAGCUAUCAAUCAACAAUCAACAGUAGCAAUAGAAACUUUGCAGCCUAAAUUACAGAGAACCCCUCAUCAGCAACUUCCUCCCAGAAGGCCUGCUUGUACAUCUUGAAGUGCCAAUUAUUUAUGGAGGAAAUGAUAAAUAUUAGUUGUAAUUACCCAAUUAUGGGGCUGAUCUGUAAUUAAUUAGAUAAUUGUUGGACAAACUCUAGUAAAUAGUAAAAUAUGUUGGACUAGUUUGUAAUUAUUAAAAAUAGUAGAUGUGUGGAAAUGAAUGCUUUCAGCAUAUAUAUA